CAGAACUAAAUAACCACGUACGGAACACCUAGAGAGCCAUAUUAAUUAUGGAUCUUAGUCCUAGAGAAAUCCUUCUUCCUCUGAAUCAUCUGUCAAUCAGCCUUCUCCUACUAUCCUUCUUCCUUCUUCCCUACUCAUCAGCAACGGCAGUUGCUGCAACUGCUGCUUCUUCAAUCGUUGAAUCCCAAGCGAGAGUUCUGCUCCAUUGGAAAUCCACCCUACAAAAUUCACACGCCCAGCAACUCGGUUCUUGGUCUCUCUCCAACAACGCGUGCAUGUGGCAUGGCAUCACCUGCAUGGAGAAUGAAGGCCGAGCUGUGAUCACGGCUAUCAGCCUACCUCAUGCGGGCUUGGUAGGUAAGCUCAAGGGCCUCAACUUCUCCGCCCUCCCAUCUCUCACUCGCCUCUACCUCCGACGCAACUACUUAUUUGGAACAAUCCCGCCUAGCAUACGUACGCUUCCCGCUCUCACCUCCCUCGAUCUCUCGCUAAAUCGUCUUUCCGGCAAUCUGCCCCUCGCUCUCGCCAGCCUCUCUAACCUGACUGAGAUCGACCUUUCUUCGAACAAAUUCACUGGUGAGAUUCCUCCUUGUUUCUUCGCCAACUGGACCGAGCUAACCUCCCUCAAAUUCCAGCAAAAUUUACUUGGCGGCACACUGCCUCCAGAGAUUGGCCAGCUCAAAAGUCUACGUUUGCUUAAUUUAUACGAAAACAAUCUCGGCGGUCCCAUCCCUUCGACCCUUGGUAACUUGACCAACCUAAGAUUCCUCAAAGUUUACAGAAAUCAGUUCUCUGGUAAUAUUCCCCAUGAACUAGGCAAUUUAGUUAACCUCUUGGAUCUAGAAAUCUCAUACAAUUAUUUAACAGGUUCCAUCCCUUCCAGUUUAGGCAAUCUCAUCAAACUCAAGAACUUGUUCCUUGGCUCAAAUAAUAUAUUGGGCACCAUUCCUCAUGAAUUAGGCAAUUUAGUGAACUUACGUGAUCUAGAAAUUUGGGAAACUCAACUAUCGGGAUCCAUCCCUUCCACUUUAGGAAACCUCACCAUGCUCGACACCUUGUUCCUCGACACCAAUAAUUUCUCUGGCACAAUCCCUCACGAAUUAGGCAAACUAGUGAACUUACAUUCUCUAACAAUCUAUGAAAAUCAACUAUCAGGCUCCAUCCCUUCCACUUUAGGAAACCUCACCAUGCUUGACGCCUUGUACCUCUACAUCAAUAAAUUAUCUGGCACAAUUCCUCGUGAAUUAGGCAAACUAGUGAACUUACAUUUUCUAGAUAUCAAUAAAAAUCAACUAUCAGGCUCCAUCCCUUCCACUUUAGGAAACCUCACCAUGCUUGACACCUUGCAUCUCUACACCAAUAAUUUAUCUGGCACCAUCCCUCGUGAAUUAGGCAACCUAGUGAACUUACGUGAUCUAAAAAUCUCAAAAAAUAAACUAUCAGGCUCCAUCCCUUCCACUUUAGGAAACCUCACCAUGCUGGACACCUUAGACCUCUUCACCAAUAAUUUAUCUGGCACCAUCCCUCAUGAAUUAGGCAACCUAGUGAACUUACAUUCUCUAGUUAUUUAUGAAAAUCAACUAUCAGGCUCCAUCCCUUCCACUUUAGCAAAUCUCACCAUGCUUGACACCUUGUACCUCUACACCAAUCAUUUAUCUGGCUCUUUGCCCCAAGAACUAGGUAAUCACACCAACCUCAUCUACCUAGAGCUAUUUGACAACAAUUUCUCAGGUUACUUACCUUCAGAGAUCUGUAAAGGAGGUGCGCUUCAAUAUCUUACUGUGCAAAACAACUACUUUGAGGGCCCUAUUCCAAGAAGUUUAAAAAACUGCUCUAGCUUACUGAGAGUCCGCCUUGAAGGAAACAAGCUUAAAGGAAACAUCUCUGAAGACUUUGGGACAUACACGAAUCUAGACUACAUUGACAUGAGCUACAACCAAUUAUAUGGCCAGAUCUCACCAAGUUGGGCACAUUGUCAAAAUUUGAAAAGCUUCAGGAUUUCAGGAAACCUACUUACUGGGAAUGUACCCCCCGAAUUCGGAAAGUUGCUUCAAUUAGGAUUACUGGAUCUUUCUUCAAAUCAACUUGCAGGAGAAAUACCAAGAGAGUUAGAUACCAUGAGCUUAUUAUUCAACUUGAAUUUGAGCAAUAACAAAAUAUCUGGAAUAAUUCCCUCGGAGUUUGGAAAAUUAUCCAAUCUGGAAAUUCUUGAUUUAUCUAACAACGACAUCAACAGCCCAAUACCACCACAAUUAAAGGGUUGUAUUAAACUGCGCAUCUUGAAUUUGAGCAAAAAUAAAUUUGAUGGGAUCAUUCCGUCUCAACUUGGAGAGUUAAAAGGAUUGCAAGAUUUACUUGAUCUGAGCCAUAAUCUUUUUGGAGGAGAGAUACCAUCACAAUUGGCAAGUUUGACAAAUUUAAUAUCUUUGAACUUGUCCCACAAUAAUCUGUCAGGUGCCAUUCCUUCAUCUUUUGGAAGCAUGUUGAGUUUGUCAUCAAUAGAUGUAUCGUACAACAAUUUGGAGGGCCCAGUUCCGAGAAGCAAAUUGUUUCAAAAUGCUCCAGCACUGUGGUUAAUCCAUAACAAGGGAUUAUGUGGUGAGGUGCCGAGUUUGCCUUCUUGUGGAUCAACCACUGUAAGCACUCAUCAUUCAACUAAAAACCACAUUAUACUCUUUAUUAUCACUCCUAUAUUGGGCAGCUUGGCUCUUUUAGGUUUGUCUACUAUCAUCAUUGCUGCUCUUCGUAGGAGAGGAAACACUACAGAGAAAAAAGAUAUUGAUGUUGUUAUUGGCGAUCUGUUUUCGAUAUUGAAUUUUGAUGGAAGAGUUGCUUAUGACUAUAUCAUCAAUGCCUCCGAAAAUUUUGAUGAGAAAUAUUGCAUCGGGAGUGGAACAUAUGGCAAAGUAUACAAAGUAGAACUUCCAAUGGAACAAGUGGUGGCUGUUAAAAAACUUCAUCCGCUGGAGGAAGGAGUAUUUGAUGAGAAAAGCUUCCAGAACGAGAUUCAAGCAUUAACCAGAAUUCGACAUCGUAACAUUGUAAAACUUCAUGGAUUUUGCUCCAGUUCAGGUUGUAAAUUUCUUAUAUAUGAGUACAUUGAGAAGGGAAGUUUAGCUAGCAUCCUUCGUAAUCAAGAAACAGCACAGGAAUUGAAUUGGGAGAGAAGAGCUCAUAUCAUCAAAGAUAUUACCCAUGCUUUAUCAUAUAUACACCAUGACUGCAAUCCAUCCAUAGUGCAUCGAGACAUCUCCAGUAAUAAUAUAUUAUUAGACUCUGAUUUCAAGGCUUAUCUUUCAGACUUUGGCACUGCAAGAAUUCUAAAAUCUGAUUUAUCAAAUUGGAGCACAGUAGCAGGCACAUUUGGAUAUACUGCCCCAGAGCUUUCGUACAUGACAAGGGCGAAUGAGAAAUGUGAUGUAUACAGCUUUGGUAUAGUAAUAUUAGAAGUAAUAAUGGGAAGGCAUCCAGGUGAUCUUGUCUCCUCCCUAUCUUCAUCAGACGUCCAGCAGAUGCUAUUCAGUGAUGUGCUAGAUCAACGCAUCUCACCUCCUGCAGCUUAUAUGGUCAAAGAAGUGUUGUUGCUGGCUAUUAUAGCAUUUUCAUGCAUCCGCAUUUUACCACAAGCACGACCAACCAUGCAAAGGAUAUCUCACUUAUUCAUAAGUGGCAACAUUCCAACCAUUCACGAGCCGUUCAACUCAAUUAAAUUAUGUCAAUUAGUAGAGUUUUUAACAUAGAUGUCGUGCUUAAAAGCCACAAAUCUUAUGUAGUUCUUUCAUGUUGAAUGUAAUAAGUUAUUGUAACUCUUUUCUAUUUUUACCUUCUAGAAACACCAUUAUAUGAACCUCCACUCUAUUGUUCCCAUUCGCUACUCUUUUCAACAAAUUUAAGGGAAGCGUCUCACUUCCUCCAUUUUUCCAAAA